AUGAAACGUGAAGAAGAAGAAAAUACAAGAGAAAAAAGACGAGAAGAAUUAAAAGCGAAAAUUGAUCUAGAAGAACAAUAUGCAAAUGCUGCGAAGAAUAUAUUAACAGUUAUAAUAUCAAAGAAAACAAAACGAGAUUUUGAUGCAAAAUAUCAAGAUUUAUUUAAUGGUAUUGACAAUCAAACUAUUAAUCUAUUAAAAUGUUCUUUUUAUUUUGGUGAUGAGGAAUUAAUUAUAAAAGAUGAUAAUCGUAAAAUAUUAUUUGAUGAUACUAAUUCACCAACAAAAGUUGAUUCAACAGGUUUACGAGGAAAAAAAGCUCAUGUCCAAUUCAUCUUUUGCACUCAUAUACAUUCACAAAUAUCACAAUUUAUUGGUGAAAUUCAAAAAACAAAAUAUGUUGAUCAAUUACGUUUAGUUAGCACCUGGAUCAGUGAUGUGCAAGAUAUUGAAGAUGUUGUUAAACUUGCCCGUGAAUUAAAUACAUGUCCUUAUUAUGCAACACGAGCAGCUAUUGCAGUUGCUCAUUUAGUUGUUUUACCCUAUCAAAUUUUAAUGCAUAAAUCAAGACGAGAAGCAUAUGGUAUUGAAAUGCGUAAUAAUGUUAUAAUCAUUGAUGAAGCACAUAAUUUACCGGAUGCUAUAUGUGCUAUGCAUUCAAAUGAAAUCAAUGGAAAUCAAGUAUGUUAA